AUCUCUAAGUAUGGAAAAUCGAAUUUCAUUUUAUUUACUUUCUUUUUUAGGAUAAAUUGGAUAGGAAUUGCAAAUCAUACAGUAAGAUAAUAACUUGUUGGUUAGAGCUUGUACAUAUAUACAUAUAGAAUACAUUCAUAUAUUAAAGCAAACAUGAUGAAGACCCAUAGUUACAACAAUUCUUUGAUGAUGAUGAUGAUCACGAUCAUCAUCAUCAUCAAUCUCUUUGUUGUUGUUGUCAUUUCUUCACCGUCGCCGCCGUCUCAAUACGAAGACUCGAAGCUCGUCAUGAACUCGAAAGUCGACGUUCACGUGAUAAACGAGAUGUCGUCGCUGCCAAUUCUGGUCCGUUGUCAGUCUAGAGACGACGACUUGGGCUACCACAUCUUGGACACCGCGGAGGAGUUCCAGUGGCACUUCAAGAACACCAUCUUUGACAACACGCUCUUCUUCUGCCAUUUCUACAUGGAGGACGCGGCGUCGAGGAGGAAGGACAGCGUGUUCGAUGUGUUCACCAAUGAUUACAUGAACAACCGCUGCAGCCAUUAUCCGGAGAGGUAUCACUACAGGUGUUACUGGUUGGUUAGAGAUGACGGGUUUUACAUGGGCCCAGAUUUGAACGAUCGCACAACCUUUGUGAGAUUGCAUGAAUGGUAAUUAGUACUUCCUCCGUCCCACUAUAUUUGUCCACUUUCAUUUUUGCACACCAUCCAAUAUACUCCCUCCGUCCCAAAAAGAAUGUUACAUUUCAUUUUUUUGCGUAUCACAAAAAGCACUGCUACUCACAUCUAAAAAUUCUAAAAUUUACCAUAUUUACUCUUUAUUAUAAGAUGAAAUUGUUUUUAAAGUUUUUUUGGCAUUUGAGAUGAUAUAAAAGUGUUUUAAGGGAUGCGCAAAAAAUGAAACGUAACAUUCUUU